CCCCUCUGUCUGUCUCGCUCUCCCCUCCCUCCAUCUCCCUCCCUGCCCUCUGUCUCUCUUUCCACCCCCACCCCCCCAUCUCUGCCGGGUUAGAAACACUUUACUGCCCCGUGACCACAGAUCUAUCUACACUUUGCACCAGUCACUUGGUGACUAUAUUUUGCAGCUUAACUUUGUGUCGCCUCCACCCCUUCAAUGGGCGUGUGGUGUGAACCUGUGCCUCAUUCACAGUCCCCCCAGUUACCUGACUUCCCUCACCUUUUCUUUCUUUUACCUGCUAAAUUCUCACGUGGAGCUUACGUCCUCAGUCCUCCGGGAAGGGCUUGAAAUACCUUACCUUAUUUAACCCUCACAAAACACCUGUUAGAAAAAGGAAAGAAGUGUAAAAGAGAAAAAUAAAGAAAAUUGAAUAGAUGGACCCGCUAACAGAUUGAAGAAGGACUGAAAUUACUUCGUUUUCUCUAGAAGUCAGUCUACGUAGCGCCUUAUAGUCCAUAAACUAAGCCGGCGGUGAGACUUGUGUUCUUGAAGAGCGAGGUUGGCCCAGUUGGCGGGAGCCCAGUGCAACGGCUCCGCUCUCCACUAGAUGGCGCUGCUAGCCUCCUGGGGUGGAGUGUUAUGGCCUCGAAGGUGCGUCUGCGCCUGCGCGGGAGCGGUCAAAAUGGCGUCACCAGCUACCCGGUCUGUUCUCCCGGAUCAGCAAUGGCGCACCCGUCCUCCGUCUUCAGCUCUCCUCCGCUCCCCGCUUUUCCACUCUCCGUGACCAGGCCCCAGGCCGUACCUCGCUCCCGAGUUUUGCCUCAGACGCGGCUGUUUUCCCCGGCCCCUUACUCCCGAAGGACGGCGGCCCUGACCCGCUCCGCCCCUCCGCGGGAGGGUCUCACUGGGCAACGGCCGAAUGUCGGCUGCAGCCAGGAACGCCCGCUGGACCCUGCUGCUGCCGGUGCCCCGAGACUGCGGCCCGAGGCCAGCCCGCCCCAGAAAAAGUUGGCGAGACAGUCCAGCAGCAGCGUUUCGGGGAUGGUGGAAAAUGGCAACACCCGUCUGGCCCCAGGCUUCACCCUCCACGACCUUGUUCCAGCACCGGCGAACGUGGCCGCCUUCCGGGGUCUGCCGGGACCAGGUGGCUUCAACAGCCUCCACCAAAUGUCCUUCCGGCAGCGGAGCCGCCUUUCCCCUGUGGCCCGAGCACCUCCCGGACCCCGCUCUGUUCCUGGGGAUUCGCCCUUCCCACCAGAGCCCCGCCAGGAAGGUUUUUGCCUCGAUGAAGCCAUUAUUCUGCUUAACUGGUAAACUACAUUACUGGAUGCAGAUGGAUGUGGGCCCUGACAUCUUCCUCUGAAAAUAUGGCAAGUAAAUUAGUUAAUUAUUGUUUUUGAAUUGACAUGCUAUUCAGGCUUUUGAUUUAUAACUUAAUUGUACUGCUCUAGGUGACUUCCAAUUUUUAACCGGAUCCAUUUGAAUAAACUUAGUGUUCUAUCUCAGAUUAGCCAAAGGAAGAUUAAAAAGUAAGCUGGAGAGUUUGGUAGCUUUGUAACAAUAGCAUAAAAUGUGGAAUAAUGAACUGUAAAUGUGUCUAAUUACAUAAAUAAUGCAUUUGUGUAAUUGUCAAGUAAGGGGGUGUGCUAAUGAAUCAAUUAUUUUUAAUUGUAGGAUGCUUGAUUGUUUCAGAAAUAUAAUUGAUCGUAAUCAAGAAUCAAUUAAAUGUUGAUAGUAAUUAUGUUUAUCAAGCUUAAAUACAUGACAUCAUUACACUGUAACUGCUUCGGGAAGAAGGAAGUGGAAGGAGGUUAUCCUAAGUGAAGGAGAAAGAGCUCAUAUUUAUGCCAGCAGCCCGGCAGCGGCGGGACUGCACGGUAAUGAGGUAGGAAAGAGAAGCGAGCUCUUCGAGGCUUAUCAGUUAAGGCUGCCGAAGGCAAGCUUCUCCAGCUGCGAGCUCAUCGCAUCCCCGGGCCGGGCGGGUUUCUGCCUGUGGGGAGCGUCUGGAUCAGCGGCUUCCGAGAUAGCAACCCCAGGUGCGCUGCGGGUGCGGGCUUGGGCAGGCCCUCACCCGGUAUUGCUCUCGGGGAAAACCGUCUUGUGAUCCGAGGAUUACUUAGGCUCUAGGAAGUGUGUGUGGCCCCCACCUGUCUUGGGCGUGCGGCUCUGCUCAAGUUGACUUGAGAGGCUCGACCCUGCGAGAUUCACUGCAGGUCGUCUGAGCAUUCCAGAAAUGACGGUUAUUGUAUGAGAAGCUGCUGAAUUUAAUGUGUGUUGGCUGUAAACACGGGCCCGUGAGCCCCUCUGUCUCUGGGACUGUGUCCCAUUCCCAUUCGUGUCCCUACCGCAUGCCCCAUAGUAGGUGCUUGACAAAUGUUAGGUGAGUGAUAAAAACGUUCCUCGUGAUCCGUCAGCUAAUCAGCAUAUUGGUUGCAGCUGUGCUACCUUUGUUGGCCUACCAGUUGUUGGCUUGCCCUCACGCCCUACUCAUCCCUCCUUCCCUCCCUCCCUCCUUCCCUCCACUGACUCAUCCAUCCAUCCCACCUUCCUUCCUUACAUCCAUCCUUCCUUCCAUCUAUCCUACUUUCCUUCCUUCUUUCCUUCCUUCU